UUGAAAGGAAGCUGAUCUCGUAAUGAGCUUUCUCCUUCCUCACUUGAAACAGGUGCUAAUGAAAGAAUGCAAAUAGCACCGGCUGAGCCGAACAUUUCAUAAAGAAGGGAACAGCCACCGACCCCAAAGGCUCCGGGAUCUGCCCGCCGGCCCCCACCAAAGACCUCAAACACCUCCUGGAUGUUUUCCAGUCUCUGCCCUGGAGACCCCCCAGCCCCAAGGCCAGAGCACGGGGGGGCAGAGGAUGAAGCUCCCUGUCCCAGGUCACUGGAUGAACACCUGAGUCUCCUCCGAGUGCCAGAGGAUGAACCUGUAGCAGCUUCUCCACAGACCAUUUCUACAAUUUAUCAAGACCAUUUUGAAUCCUAAUCCUGGCCUCUGAAGUACUUGCAGCCUGUCCCAGCCUGGUGUCAGCAGCAAUUUCAACUGAACUAAACCGUGGGCAAAUAAAAGAGAGAGACCCUCAAAAUUCCAGACUCCCAAGUCCACUAAAUGUGGGAAAUACUUUUCCAAGGCUUUUGAGCUCGAAAGUGGAACAGAAGGAAGACACAGGGGGACAUACACCGUUCAGUGUUAUUUUCCUUGCACAGGGAAAAAAAAAAAGAAAAAAAGAAAAAGAAAAGAAAAAGAUCCUUAUGAGAUGAGCACUGAAGUCUCAAGUUUUCAAAGGUUUGCAUAACAAACAAGAGACACAUUGUGGGUUGCAUCUUGACUUUGAAGGCUUGCCACUGUCAACUGAAAUAAAAUGGCAAGGUUUAAAGCCUUAACCAAGUUCACAAGGAAAAUAUUUGGACUAAAAGUUUUGGAAAGUUUUCUCUCUUUGAAGUAGUUUGUCAUGUGUUACCAAUGUGAACUUUACUGACCUUGAAACAUUUUUUUUUUUUGAAUCAAAUAGCAACUAGUGACACUUUAGUAAAAUCUUAAAUCAACAACCAUCUCCUGGCGGCUCCAGCUCCGUAGCAAAUGCAGGCAAAACAGGGAAUCUACAGAGGAGACCUUUAUUAUUCGUAAAUGAAGCCUGCCAAACCCUUCCCAAAAUAGCAUUCAGAGACCCUUUUAAGGUCAUGGAUCCUGAACAAAGCCAGAAGAGCACAAAAAAGGCUGAGGAAAGUCCAAGAAAGAGGCUUCCCAAAGGAGAGGCUUUCCAAGCCAGUAUUUCAUCCACAACUACGUACCAGGGCAGCUCUGCUCCUUCCCAAGGAACCCCUCUCCGAGAUAUCAUACCGCAGCAGCACUUUUCUGGCCCUCUGCCCCUUCCAAGAGAGGAGUCUCAGGAGAAGACUGGACAUCAGAAGCAACCCAAGCCUUCCUCUUUCGAACACCCCCCCCACAUCUCGCAGCUUCAUCAGCACGCACUGUCACCAGCAUUUAUGUCUCCGGGGAAGCCAGAGCAUGUCCUCGAGGGUCCCACGUGGCAGCUAGUUGAUCCAGUGAGACCAGGGCCCUCUGGCUCCUUUCCAUCACCCGGGCUUCACUCUCACCACGGCCAGCUCCUGCCCUCCCACUCGCAGAUCAUUCCUGGAGAGGACAUGGCAUCCGUUCAGAAGGUCUACAUCCCUCGCCCUUCCCAGGUUUCCUUAAAACAGGCCGAGGAGGUGCACAAGAAGGAAAAGAAACCCCAAAAGCCAGGCAAGUACAUCUGCCAGUACUGCAGCAGGCCCUGUGCGAAGCCCAGCGUGCUCCAGAAGCACAUCAGGUCGCACACGGGCGAGAGGCCGUACCCUUGCAUUCCGUGUGGCUUUUCCUUCAAGACGAAGAGCAAUUUGUACAAACACCGGAAAUCUCACGCUCAUCGCAUCAAAGCCGGGCUGGCCUCAGGGAUCGGAGCGGAGAUGUAUCCAUCGAGCCUGGAAAUGGAGAGGAUCGGCGGGGAGGACUUCGAGGAGCCGACGGAAGGGGAGAGCACGGACUCGGAGGAGGAGACGGGCGCGAUGUCGGGGCACUCGGUGGAGCUCUCCCCCAGGCAGAAGCACAGCCUGCUGUCCAGCGGCUUGCUGAGCGCGGGGAGCCAAGGCUCCAGCCAUGACCGGUGCUCCCUGUCCCAUUCCAGCAUGUCCCAGUCCCUGGAGGACAGCGGCCAGUUUGUGGAGCCCUCGCCGGACCACGCCCUGAGCCACAAAUCCGAGGACACCCACACCAUCAAGCAGAAACUUGCGCUGCGCCUGAGCGAGAGGAAGAAGGUGAUAGACGAGCAGGCCUUCCUGAGCCCCGGCAGCAAAGGCAGCACCGAGUCCGGGUACUUCUCCAGGUCAGAGAGCGCGGAGCAGCAGAUCAGCCCCCCAAACACCAACGCCAAGUCUUAUGCAGAGAUUAUUUUUGGGAAGUGCGGGAGAAUCGGGCAGAGGACGGCGGCGUUGGCUGCCAACACCACCCAGGGGUUUCCACACCUGUCCACGGAUGAGAAGCCCAGCAUGGUCCCAUUGUCUGUGCCUAGAACACAGGUGAUUGAACACAUCACUAAGCUAAUUACAAUUAACGAAGCUGUUGUAGAUACCAGUGAAAUAGAUAGUGUUAAGCCUAGAAGAAGCUCUUUAUCUAGACGUAGCAGCAUUGAAUCUCCAAAGUCUGGUGUAUAUAGAGAACCCUUCCAGUUCGAUAUCAAGUCUGGUUCCAGUAGCCAGUUGGAUACUUCCAAAGUGUUGGCAUCCCACGGUGAAAAAAUUAAGCCCGAACAAUCAUUGUUGUCACUUCAGCAAUCCCACAGUGCCACAGAGACAGUGCCUCUCCUAAGAAGCCACUCAAUGCCUUCUGCUGCAUGCACUAUAAGCUCCCCACACACCUUUAGAGGUAGCUACUCAUUUGAUGAUCACAUCAUGGAGCCUGAAGUCUUAAGCCGCAGUCAAGCGUUUUCUUCUCACCCUCGGACGCUGAAACGACAACCAGCUAUUGAGCUGCCCUUGGGAGUGGAAUACGUCUCAGAGGAGGUCGGCUCUGCCAACAAAGAAACUGUUUCCAAACCUCCCGAGGAGCCUGAAACCAAGGAAAGCGAUCUUACCAAAAAGUCACGGAAGGGCCCGAAGGUGAAAGGGUUCAUGUACGAGUGCAACGUGUGCGGUGCUCGGUACAAGAAAAGGGACAAUUAUGAAGCCCAUAAGAAGUACUACUGCUCAGAGCUGCAGCUCUCCAAGCCUCGCUCUUCCACUUCCCAUCCCUCCUCAGAGACUGAGAAAGGCUCUGCAGAUCCUGACAUGUGGCCCCAGAUGAUGCAUUACAAGCUGGGGAGCACUUUGGAGCUCACCUCGCUUCGCAAAAGGCGGAAGGAGAAGAGCCUUGGUGAUGACGAGGAACCCCCAGCUUUUGAGGUGUCUGACACCCCCUCCUCCAGCGCUGGGCCAGGGGCUCAGUUUGCAAACCUGGCGUCGUCGGAUGUCGCUCUGAACCUGACCCGUGAAUCCAAGAAGUCACCAGCAGAUCCGGGUAAAUCCGCCCCUCCUGACGUCAGUGCCGCCUUCCAUCCCAGGAACACCAAACCGGCCUCGAGCGGGGAGGGCAAGGAGAGGAGAACAACCUCCAAGGAGAUCUCUGUCAUCCAGCACACGAGCUCCUUUGAGAAGUCUGACUCCAUCGAGCAGGCGAGCAGCUUGGAAGAAGACAAGCCCCUGUCCCAGUUCCCGUCUCAGCCGACCCCCCAGCAGAGCCGACCGCCCCACUCCCUGCAGCCCCGGCUCGUCCGGCAGCACAACAUCCAGGUUCCGGAGAUUCUGGUCACAGAAGAGCCUGACAGGCCAGAAACGGAGCCAGAACCUCCUCCGAAAGAGCCGGAGAAAACAGAGGAAUUCCAGUGGCCGCAGAGGAGCCAGACCCUCUCCCAGCUCCCUGCGGAGAAACUCCCACCCAAAAAGAAGCGGCUCCGGCUGGCGGAGAUGGCUCAGUCGUCAGGGGAGUCCAGCUUUGAGUCCGUGUCUCUCACCCGCAGCCCCAGUCAGGAGAGCAGCGUCUCCCACGGCUCCAGCCACUCCGUCUCCUUCGACCGUGACGAUCACGGCAAGCCAGAGCCCACCAGCCAGCCCUCUGAGUCCCACCCAAAGCCUCCUGGCGUUGGCUCACACAUGCUGAUGGUCCCAAGCCACCAUCACCACUCCAGGGAGAUGCGGAGAUCCGCCUCUGAGCAGACACCCAACGUGUCCCACCCUUCCCAGAUGUCGGAGACACGCAGCAAAUCGUUUGACUACGGGAGCUUGUCGUCCACUCCUGCCUCAACCCCCGGCCCCUCGAGCUCCUCGGCCUCCCAGGAGAGGAGGAAAUGCUUCCUGGUCCGGCAGGCAUCCCUCACCAGGCACCCAGAGCACGACCCAGACCCAGCUCCCACGGGCUGGGCGGAGACAGAAGAUCCAGCUCCUUCCUCAAGUAAAUCUCCUUCCACCAGUUUGCCCCACCAGCCAAGCUCUUCACCCCCUCUGCCCUCUCACGGGACUUACCCCAGUGAGAAGAGCCAGCCAAAGGACAGCCCUGAGCCCACCUACACCCCGCCCUACACGGAAGCCCUGCAGGUGUUCCACCACCCUGUCCCACAGCUGACGCUGCACGAAAAGCAGUUCCUGGCCCCACAGGUCUCCAUAUUCCCCUACCAGCACCUCCUGCCGCAGCCAGGGCAGUCUGCAGAGCUCUUUGCUGCACACACCAUGUCUGACAUCCUCUCUGCUCAGUUCUCCAUGCCCCAGAUCCCUCCCUCCAUAUUCCAGACCCCGCCACUGCCUCUCCCGCAGACGCUCAUCCACCCGGGCCCGCUGCACAUCGCUCCUCCACUGAUGUCUCACCCCGCUGAGGUGUCCUUCAGGCACCCCUCAUUCCUGCCCGUGCCCUACCCUGGCUCCUCUCCCAUCCCCUCAGCCUUUUUUCUGCCUCUCCAGUCUCAGUUCGCUCUCCACUUGCCGGGUGAAGCUGGUGGGCAUUUACCGCAGCUCAAAUCCAGUUUAUUCCCGGCAGCAGGAGCCUCCAGCCUCUCCCCGUGCACAGAGUACGACCCUGACAGCAGGCUGCACCCCCUGACCUGCACCACGAGCCCUUCGGUGUCCGUGACUGUGACCCAGCUGGUCGUCCCCACGCGCUCGGAGCCGAUGGUGUCGCUGGUUGUCCCCGUGCGCAUCCAGACGAACAUGCCGUCCUACGGCAGCGCCAUGUACACCACCCUGUCCCAGAUCCUGGUCACCCAGUCCCAGUGCAGCUCCUCCACCAUCGUCCUCCCCAAAUUCAACGACCGCCCGCCCAAGGGUGCCCUGGUGUGCAGCGCCGACGUCCACGGGCUGGGCUUCGACCUGGCGCAGAUGAUCACGGAGGAGCAGAGGAGCAUUUUCCAGAGCCCCUAUCUGAGGGUGCCCCUGCCCUUGCCCGAACGCAAAGGGUACAUGCCCCUCACCUGCCCCUCCGACAGCGUCCUCGGCCUGGAAGGGGGCCCAGCUACGGUCGGGGGGAGCAAAAGGAUGCUCUCCCCAGCUGGCAGCUUGGAACUGACGAUGGAGACGCAGCAGCAGAAGAGGGUGAAAGAGGAGGAAGUGUCUGAGGCAGAAGAGAAGCUGGAAGUGGUGAAGCCCCCCAGUGCAAUAGAGGAAGGGAAAAAGCAGGAGAAAUCUCACUUUCUUGCAGAAAGCCAGGACAGGGUCGAGGUUGAAGCGCCACCCAGUUUGUCCACAGAGCAGUCAGAGCCAAAGGAAACCCCGAGCAGUUCGCAGCAGGCUGUGCCCCAUUCAGGUUCUCCAAGCUUUGAGGCACUGGAAGAGGAUGAGCAGCCAGCUGGCCAACAGUUCCUCAGCAAGGCACCUUUGCAACCCGUGAAGAAAGAAGACUCCAAAGAACAGGUGGAGCAGUCUCCACCAAACCCCCCAAGCACUGCCCCUCCGCCCGAGGGCACCCAGAGUGCAAUGAAGUCUCGAGAAGGUACAGACACGAAGAAGGUACUUCAGUUCCCCAGUCUCCACACAACCACUAAUGUCAGUUGGUGCUACUUAAACUACAUAAAGCCAAAUCACAUCCAGCAAGUGGAUCGUCGCUCCUCGGUUUAUGCCAGCUGGUGCAUCAGCCUCUACAACCCCAACCUGCCGGGGAUAUCCACCAAGGCAGCCCUGUCCCUCCUGAGGUCCAAGCAGAAGGUGAGCAAGGAAACCUACACCAUGGCCACAGCUCCACGUCCAGAGGCAGGCAGGCUGGUCCCAUCCAGCUCCAGGAAGCCCAAAAUGACAGAGGUUCAUUUGCCUUCGCUCCUUUCUAAUGAAGGUCGAAAAGAUAUAACUAGAGCUGAGAAGGAAGAGGAGAAAAGAGGAAAAUCAGAAGAAGAGGCUCUUGUGACCAAACGAGGGGAGCCAGUCAGGAUCAAGAUCUUUGAAGGAGGGUACAAAUCAAACGAAGAGUAUGUGUAUGUGCGAGGCCGUGGAAGAGGGAAGUAUGUUUGUGAGGAGUGUGGAAUUCGCUGCAAGAAACCCAGCAUGCUGAAGAAGCACAUUCGCACGCACACAGACGUCAGGCCGUACGUCUGCAAGUACUGUAACUUUGCUUUUAAAACCAAAGGGAAUCUGACUAAACACAUGAAGUCAAAGGCCCACAGCAAAAAAUGUCAGGAGAUGGGCGUGUUGGUAUCUUCACUGGUGGAUCUGGAAGCCGAAGAAGGAACCAGUGAAGACCUAUUCCAGGACUCUGAGGGGCGGGAGGGAUCCGAGCCAGUUGAGGAACACCAGUUUUCAGACCUCGAGGAAUCUGACGAUGAUGACGACAAUGAGGAUGAGGAGGAUGAGGAGGAAGAGGAGAGCCAAGAUGAGCCCCCUCUGAAGCUGCCUGAAGGCAUGCACACCACCCUCCUGCUGCGCUCUUCAGGUGGCUCUCCAUCUUCUCAAGAGGAAGGCACUGAAACAGCAACAUCCUUAGCCCAAGAGACCGUUUCCAGCACCCAAAAAGCAGGUGAAGGCCAGCAGGCCUCCUCCUCGGGGCUGGAAGCCAAGUGGUCAGCAGACAGCAGUGACAUUGCUGUGUGCCACAGCUUCUUGAGUCUCCACAGACCAGCUUUGACCUCCACCGAACAACUGGCUCCUGCUGAAAGAGAGUCCGUCACCAGGCCACAGAUGUCCUUGGCCAUGGACCUGUCAACCUCAAAAGACACCUCCCCAAGGAGAAGGUGGUCUCCCAGCCAGGACUCUGGCAGGGGUGGUAGUGGCAGCAGGCCAGUGAUGGCCAGAAAGCACUUGUUAACCAAAAAUGAAACGUCUCCCAAGAGGUUCUCACCCACUGCAGAACUGUCCCCUCUGAGGUGCCUGUCCCCAGGGAGGGGGUUGUCUCCCUGCCAGCGGGUCUCUCCCAGGAGAGAGGCAUCUCCUCUCAGAUGUGUGUCACCGAGGCUGGAGCUGUCACCCAGCAGGCAUCUGUCCCCCAGGAGAGAGCUGUCCCCACGAACACACCUUCCCCCAGAAGGAGAGGUCUCCCCUGGGAGACACUCAUCACCCAGCAGAGACAUGUCAUCGGUCAGAUACUUAUCCCUGAAGAAAGCCUUGUCUCCAGGCUCCCUGGAGUCACCCAGGUGCCCGUUCCCAGGGAAGGAGGACUUGCCUGGCGCGAGCAAAUCAGCGGCGGAUGACAAAGUUCCAAGCUCAUAUCAAGCCCAGCACGGGAUAUUAUCUUCGAUGCCUCUACCUCACAGGUUCUUUGGCAAAAACAUACAGCUCUACGAGUCCAAGCUGAAGAUCGAGCCCCGGAGCCCACCCCGCUCCCCUGGCCCCGCACAGCCCGUGUGCUCCCGGCCCCUGCAGGCACCGCACGACAUCCACGGCCCGGGCCGAGGGGAGGAGAACGUCUUCAGCCACCUCCCGCUGCACUCGCAGCAGCUCACCAGGACCCCGUACCCCAUGAUCCCCAUCGGGGGCAUCCAGAUGGUGCAGGCCAGGCCCAGCUCCCACCCCAGCCUGGUGCCGGGCUCCGUGGUGUCCCUACAAGCCGGGUGUUUCGCCCCUGGAAGCGGAGAUGUGGUGGAGUUCGGCCGGGCUCCCGAGGGGGACGAGGAGCCACAAAUCCCGGCGGCUGCAAAGGUUUCCAAGUACACGCUGUCCCCGGAGCCCAGUGGGGGUUAUUUGGAGGAGAAAAUGAGGACUAAUGAGCUUCAGCAGCAGACAGAGCAGGAGGAACACAGGGUAAAAGCGCUGGCUGAGCCCAGCCCGGAGGAGCAGGCGGGCCCGGCCAGCCCCAGCACGCCCCACGAGCACCGUCCAAAGCCUCCGACGAGCGGGGAGGAAGAACCCCCAAAACAAACGGGCAAGAAGCAAUCUGGCAGCUCGAGCACUUCUGUUGAGUCACCCUGCACUUUCAUCUCAGAUGCCCCACCGUGUGACGACGACUGCCCCCCGGAGCCCCCGCCCAGCCAUCCCCUCUCCCUGCGCACCGGGAGCCUCUCCGGGCACCCGGGGGGCACCUCCGGCCAGAGCAGCCCCCACCCAGAGCACGCAGAUUUAGGUCAGACUCAAAAAAAGGUGGAUGAAAACGCGGGAAGUACUUAAAAACCUCCGUCUGUUCCGCCUUUAGGCUUCCUCUGUAAAAUCAGCAGACAUUUUCAACACUAUUUCCUUUAGUAUAAUCACCGAUAAGGAGCACUCUAGUGAAUGACCAAACCCAUGGAAAAGUCCUGGUUUUCUUUGUCCCAGUCUGGUAUUAUAUCUCCACAUGUAUGCAGUUACUUGUGCCUUUUUCUAUACCUUUUGUUGCUUGAAAUGUACAAAACUGUUUGAGGCUGUGAAUAUUUUUUUAGAGGUUUUUUGGAAAGGGGGUUUGUUAGACCUUUGGUUUU